GGUUGUAUUGUUUGUGCAGGUUUGCAAGCUAUAGUUACUCCGCUGGGAGAGAAAGGGAAGACUCUGUUGAGAGGCUGGAUAACGCUGAACAUGUACACUGCCGCCGGCUGGAUCAAUGUCCUUCUGGGAAUAAUUAACGCUGCUCUCUUCUCACCAGUGUUCUUCGUCGAGAGACCAAUCGCUGCGAGGGAGGCUAUGGUCCUCAGCGGGGCAGAGUCGGAAAGAGCUGCAUGGAAGUGCUGCAAACCUGACUUUUUGUGUGCUUGGACAAUGAUAAUUGCUUUCUUCAUUUUGGUCUUCAAUUUUGUACUCCUUGAGACACUGGGCACCUCUCUGACCAUGGAUCAGUUUGCCUGGACCAAGUCCCAAGCUCUGUCCAACAUCGGCAUGUUGCUUUCUGCGGGAGGAGUGAUAGCCUGCGUCUCGUUUGUACUCAUCAACCCACUCUGCAAACUUUUUAAUGAGUGCCAUGUACUAUUAUGGGGUGGAUUUUUCUUGAUGGUAGUGGGCAGAGCAGUCUACAUUCCCUUGGGCAGCACGCUACCUGUUAUAGCAUAUCCUGCAGUUAAUGGGACGGAGAUGCUAGGCUGUCCUGUGAGUCAGGAGUGGUGUUUGGUGACGCCUGCCAUGACAGUGAGUCAGUUCCUUCUAGGGUUCCUGCUCACCAGCAUCGGGUACCCCAUCGGGGUCACCCUCAUACAGACUAUAUUCUCCAAGAUACUGGGCCCCAGACCUCAGGGUGUGUGGAUGGGUCUGAUGACCGGUUCCGGCUGUCUGUCACGAGUUCUGGGGCCUGUGUUCGUCUCCUACGUGUACACCAGGCUCGGACCAGUCUGGACCUUCGGAUUCACCACAGCCAUGAUGUUGGUAGCAAUGAUCUGGCUGCAGUUUGUCGUCAAGAGACUCAGUGCUGCCAUCCUACAAGGCACUGGAGCGACGCGUCAAGCAGACUCCAACCAGUCGGACAAAUGUACAGACGACAAUGAGAUUCCACUGAAUUUGGUAUCCAGAUAACAUUGACUCAUGUAGUUUUAAUUAAUAAAUAUUUAUAUUUUUCGUAAUAA